AGCUUCAUACAAAAACAUUUGGUGUUCAUUUCAGUCAGCUGUUUAACACUUACGCUGCAAGUACAGCUGUUGGAAUAUUAAACGGAAUUAUAAUUCCAUGAUUACAGUGUUGCCAGUGAUUGAACUCAAAAUAAAUACGAAGCAUCCAGUUUAUUGAUCACCAGCUGCAUACUUAUAUAACUGUUAAAGACGACACAGGGUAUAGUGCCUUGUGAGUCCUGCAUACGCCAGCAGUCCAUACAUUGUCGUAGCUAUGGCAGGAGGAGUGAAACGGAAUGUUACAGUUCAUUGGUUUCGGCAUGGCUUGCGCUUACAUGACAACCCAGCCUUGCACGAAGCAUUGAAAGAAAGUGAAGAAUUUUAUGCAGUAUUCAUCUUCGAUGGAGAAAGCGCAGGCACAAAAAAUGUAGGUUUCAACAGAAUGAGGUUUCUGAUCGAAUCCCUCAAAGAUAUUGACAGGCAGCUUAGAGCAGUUGGUGGACGAUUGUAUGUCUUUCACAACAACCCAGUCUCUGUGUUUAAAGGCUUGCAUGAAGAGCUAGGUCUUUAUAAACUUUGUUUUGAACAGGACUGUGAACCAAUAUGGCGUCCCCGAGAUAACGCUGUUAAAAAGUUUUGUGAAGAGCAUGGAAUAAUUUGUGUUGAAAAAGUCUCUCACACACUUUGGGAUCCUAAUGUUGUUAUUAAAACAAAUGGAGGUACGCCCCCAUUAACAUACCAGAUGUUCUUGCAUACAGUUGGUGUUAUUGGCCCACCUCCACGGCCCGUGGACGAUAUAGACUGGACAGGUGUUACAUUUGGAAAGCUCUCUGAUUACCUUUCUACAGAAUUGAAGGUUGUCGACAGUGUUCCAACACCUGAGAAAUUUGGUGUGUUUCCUGAAAUGGGCAGUGGGGAACAAAUGAUCCGUUGGAUUGGUGGAGAGACACGAGCUCUGGAACACUUGAAAGAACGCCUGUAUGUAGAGGAGGCAGCAUUCCGAGAUGGUUACUAUCUUCCGAAUCAGUCAAAACCUGACCUCCUGGGGCCACCAACCAGUCAAAGUGCAGCACUUCGCUUUGGAUGCCUCUCUGUUCGCAAGUUUUAUUGGAGCAUUCAUGACUUGUUCCACUCUGUUUACAAUGGCAAUCUUCCUUUGAACCAAAAGAUCACUGGCCAGUUAAUAUGGAGAGAGUAUUUUUACACAAUGUCAGUCAAUAAUGAGUUUUAUGGUGAAAUGGCAAACAAUCCAAUAUGCCUGAACAUUCCAUGGAAAGAUGGAUCUGAGAAGGGACAUCUAGAGAGAUGGCAAGAAGGGGAAACUGGAUAUCCUUUCAUUGAUGCUGCUAUGCGACAGCUAAAGCUGGAAGGUUGGAUUCACCAUGUGGCUCGUAAUGCUGUGGCCUGUUUUCUUACACGUGGAGAUCUGUGGAUCAGUUGGGAGGCAGGCUUGCAACACUUUUUGAAGUACUUGUUGGAUGCUGACUGGUCAGUGUGUGCAGGCAACUGGAUGUGGGUGUCCAGUUCUGCUUUUGAACAACUUCUUGAUUGUUCACAUUGUGUUUGCCCAGUUAACUAUGGCAGGCGGCUCGAUCCUUGGGGGGAGUAUAUAAAGCGUUACGUACCUGAACUACAAAACUAUCCGGUAGAAUAUUUAUAUGAGCCGUGGAAAGCACCACUUGAGGUGCAAGAACGAGCUGGCUGUGUUAUUGGAAAGCACUACCCAGAGAGGAUUGUGGAUCAUCAAGAUGUUUCCAGAAGGAAUAAACAAUACAUGCAGCAAGUUCGAGACAUGCUGAUGAAAGCUCCUCCACAUUGUUGCCCAUCUAAUGAGGAGGAGACCAGGCAGUUCAUGUGGUUGCCAGAAAGCUGCAUGGAACAUGUACUGCAUGCUUAGUAAACUUUUACUAAUGGCUUCUUACAUCGGGCUUGGCUACAAAGUGAGUAGCAGUAUGAACUAAUUCUUCAGUUGAAAUUGUGAAGAUAAAUAUAACAUAUUGUACAAUGUUGCAUACUUAAUUGUUAAAGCUGUAAGAGUAAGUAUUUUUCAAAGCAUUCAGCAAGUAUUUUUACUAGCUCAGUGGGCAACAACUCUGCUGAUGUGCUUUCUUUUAAUCGUUGUUUGAAGUCAUUUCAGUUUGUAUAAUUCCUAUAGUGUGGAAAUAUUUUAUGCAUUAAAAUUACCAUUAAUAAAUGUAACUUAAUAUUAUUUGAUCUGUGUACGAACACAUAGCUGAUCAAAAUAUGCUGCGGCCAAAAAUUGGGAUAAAUGGGACACGUUUAAUAGGAACAAAAGAGGCUACUGAUUCUGAACCUUCUGUACUUGCUUGAUUUGUACUCUUUAACUGUGGGCUUUCUUGCUCUAGGGUUCUGUACCACCUUCUAUGCCUUUGGAAUGUUUCAUAUUUUCAUGUUUUUCGUGUCCUCUGUCACAUCCAGUAAAUGGUCUAGAUGUUGCUUUAGAUGGUCUAGAUGUUGCUUGACACUUAUUGAGGAGGUAUGGUUAGCUAGCUGCAAAGCGGUGCUAGAUAAUUGGAUUUUUUUUUAAUCUAAUAAACUCCCGAGGAAAGUACAAACAACAAUAAAUGUCACCUGAACUGCUUUAACAUUUGUCUGGUUGAACACUAUGAAGCUACAGGAUCUAAUUGCAAAUCAGAGACAAAAUCUGUUCUGAGAAGGUAGGGAUAGCUAAAUAUUGAGUAGCACAGCAAGAGCAGGAUUCAAGUCCAGGGUUAAGGCUUGAUCAACACUGAGUCCCUCUAAACCGACUCCUUCGCACGCAGCUACUACUCUGCAAAUGAUGAAUACCUACCUUCUAUAUGUGGUCACAAUGUCAUCUGCCACACAUGGUGUCGAAAUUCAAGGUGCUGCCCAGUAACGGUGACCCUUUCUUAUCCACAUUCCAUAGAAAACAGUGACUCAUUUUGUCAAGAAGCCUCCUGGCAGUAUGAAAUUGGUCUAUGCUGAGAGGAACUAUUGGCUGUCUUGCUUUUCCAUGUUGUUGAAUAUUGGGCACAUCAUCUGUGGAGUGCUUUGCUGUGAUGUAUGAAGGUAAUUUUAUUAUUAAUUUUCCUCUUAACUGCAUUUGCUGUACUUGAUUUGCAGUGGAUUUCAAAACCUACUAUUGCUUCAUAUUAAGGCAUUUAAUGCUGUGGUACAGCAACAGGAUAUACUUCCAGGUGUAUACCAUUUUGAUAACUGCACCAAAAUGCCUGGAGAUGAAGCAGGAAAAAGCUUCAAAAUUGACUGUAAAUAAAGUAUAAUACAACAAACACAGUCAAGUGGAAAAUUAAUACGAUAUAAUCAUAGAGCACUCUGUUACGCCGAGAUGUAGAGGGCAAACAGUCCUGAUAUGUGCCUGCUGCAUUAAAAAUUUAUUAUUUGUAUGUCACCUGAAGGCUUCCAGAUACACUGUGUGUGGUCUCCUCACCACACUCUGCUGUGCUUCUAUGACUUUCUCUCAGCUCUUCAACCCCAUAAAUUACAGUGUCAGGCUAAUUGCAUUCUCAGGUUAUGCAGUUCUUGCAUAUGAGGCAUCCCCUUUUUCCUGACAAAGAAACUGUUCAUUCCAAAAUCUCAAGCUUUAAUAUUUGUAACUCUUUGUAUGCCUUAUCAGUCGUGCCCAUUUUGUCCCAGUUUCAGCAGAUGUUAGACAGAUCGUUUUCUUUUUCUGCAUUAAUGAUUUCUAUUCAGAUUAAUCACAGAUAAAAUAUAUAUUAUAUCAGAUUUAAUUAAAUGAUAAUGAUUGAGUUACAGGCUGUGAUAAUAUUUCUUGUUUGAUGCCAUCAGAUGGGCUGUGUAUAGGGUAUCAAAUGUAGUAUUAGUGUUAAUUGUUUGUUAGAGGAUUUUUAACAAAUUUAAUGAUGUUCCUGUGACACACAUAGAAACAUAUUUAUCGUGUAAAACAUGCUUGACAACAGUUUGUGUGACUUGAGCUUAUUCAUGUAUCUCGUUAGAGAAGACAAUGUGACUGGCAGUUCUGUGCUCUAAGGAAAGUACAAGUCUUUAAUUUUUUAAUAAAGUAAAAAAAAUGUGUUGAUCAAUGUUUUUUGUAUUACCUGUUUUUAUGACUUUAUUAUUUGUAGAUUUAAAAUUGUUCUAUUUUUAACAUGUAGAAAAAUGACACAAAAAAUGUUUACACAUCAUGCAGAGUUGCAGUGGUCAUUAGAAAAUGACCCAUGGGUGCUCGUACAAUAUAAUUUUGAUUCUCUUGUGUGAUUUUGUUGCAUUCCAGUCCCUUUUUUCAUCUUUAUUGUAAUAAUUCCUAUAAUUUUACUUAAACUCAGAGCAGAAAAGUGUCAUUUAUAUUUUAGCACUGCAAAGCUUUAAUUGAGACUGAAAAUACAUAGUUUAGAGUUUCAUCAUGUAACUCCAAUAUGUUAAGUAUUAUCAUGACUUUGUGAUUGUAAUGAGUAUAUCGCAUAAGAGAAUUGUAUGAAAUGUAACAUUCAAGUUGUAUUUGCCUCAUCUUCUCAGUAAAAGUGUAAUAUUUUUCUGGAGAAACAAUUUAGUUAGUGAAUGUAAAUAAAUGUGAAAGGCUUUGCUCACCAACCAAAUAAAUUUACUAUUAGUGUCAACACAUGCAAUAUAACUCCCAUUCCACUGAGAAAUAUUAUGACCACAGCAUGUAACAAUAUCAGAGUUUAAAGAAAUCUCAAUUCCCACACUCCAUGUUAAGACGUGCCAUUAGGUCAACAUAACAAACAGAGUGCCCUUCAGAAAACUUUUCAGACUGUAUUUAUACAAGAUUGAUGUAUUGAUGUGUAGGCACUGAUAUAUUUUCCCUAACUCGCUUUAAUUCAUAACAGUUUGUCGGCCUCAUUCAACACUAUAUUUUGGUGGCCUCAGGAGGGAGAAUCUCAGAACUGAAGGCUUAAUUCCCUCACACUUGUGUGCCAUAACAAAUAGAAAUGAUCAGAGCUUUCUUGCAAAAAUUCUUGUGACCCUUAGUUACAGUGCAUAUGUUUUCUUUGAUGUUAUUCAUGCCAUUUUGGCUAUAAUUCUUCUAUUACUUGUCUGAUUAUGGAUGAGAUGUUUGAAUCCAAAUUAAUUUUCAGCCAUAUUAUACAAAAGCUUUUCCUUAUGAGAAGUUCAUGUGAUGUCACAUAACUGCUUUGUGGCAGUAUUCCUCCCAAUGCAGUCCACUUGUGUGUUAAUUGGUUUCACCAUCACCAUAAUUAGUUUGGUUACCACGGGAAAACUUCUUCUCCAACUUCAGACAUGAUGCAGAGCUCUACUCAGCAAUCAGCUUGUUGACCUUUAUAUUUUCAUCCUUUUCAGGCUUAUUUUGAAGACAAAUAAAACAUUUAUAUUUCAUUGUCUGCCCAGUCAACUGUUUAAUUUCUGAGAGAGAACGAGACAGCAGCAAUAGUUUGUCUUCAGGCUUUAUCAAAAGUCAGUAGCACUUUACAGUAAGGUUACACCCAUAAUGAACUCCUUGUACAGGCCUUGAAGGCCCAAGACAGGUCAACAGGCUACAGCCACAUAGAGAAGAAAGUGUGGAAUGUGCAGACACUUUCAAACUUUUGGGUAAUUGCAUUGCCUCAGUUUUUAGGGCAAACUAUUUAUUCCCAACAUUUGGCCUCAUUGCUGAGACUACUUCUUGGAGCAGUGUUUGCUGUGAAGCUCUCCAAGAAUCUCAUCCUGAAACUGAUGCGGUGCAGUUUACCAGAAUCUCAUUGUACAUAUGAUUAUAUGUAAGUGCAUGAAAACUGUGAUUGAAAAAGUAUAAAAUGUGAUGUGUCGACAGAAGUGCCAACACAGUGUGAUUUGAGGGGGACCGCAAUGCACGCUAUAAACACACGAAGGAUGGCGUGAGGUCUGAAACAGGAUACGUAAUGAAUGCUAUAAAGAAAAGUACGUAGCUUUUGGAAUACUUAACUUUAAUCCAUCCUUAUUGUAUACAUCGUUCUUGAUGAGACAUGCUUUAUACGAUAAGUAUCAAUUGCUAUGUAAGGCUAAUGGCGCCUUGCUAGGUCGUAGCCAUGGACUUAGCUGAAGGCUAUUCUAACUAUCUGCUCGGCAAAGGAGCGAGGCUUCGUCAGUGUAGUCGCUAGCAAAGUCGUCCGUACAACUGGGGCGAGUGCUAGUCCGUCUCUCGAGACCUGCCUUGUGGUGGCGCUCGGUCUGCGAUCACUGACAGUGCCGAGACGCGGGUCCGACAUGUACUAAUGGACCGCGGCCGAUUUAAAACUACCACCUAGCAAGUGUGGUGUCUGGCGGUGACACCACAAAAUGCAUUACAUAUUUUUACGUAUUAUUGUGUGUUUGGCCACAAUUUUCACAUAUUUUCAUGUAUGGUGAGCAUAGCCAUAAUUUAUUAUUGCAAUAUCUAUUUUCUGAUAAAUGUGUUGUUACUUUGACUAAUAAUAUUAGAAAUAUUAGGUGUUGAUAUUUUUGUGAAGUUUUGGUUUUGCAGUUUAUGGACUAAGAACAGUGAUGAAAAUUGUUUGACAUCAUGCAAACUGGAAGUCUGCUAAACUAUUUUAAAUAGGAAACAUUUUCCAAAUGUUCUGUAAAAUAUUGUUUAUUUGAUCACCUGAUGAAAUUCCAGAACAUCAGGAAUGUGUUUCCUAUGUAAUUUUUCUGUCAUGUUCUGACAGAAAAUUCAUUUAACCUCGUAAUGCCGAGUGUCAUGAUUUCAUAUCAUACCAGUGCUGUGCUAAUAACUGGAAAGUUAACUGUUUUUGAAUGCCAAUGCCAGUAGAUGCUGAUUCUUCAUGAAGCUAUCAAUGCUUCUGACAAGUGCUGCAGUCUCCUGAAUGUUUCUGGUACCUAAAGCACCACAAUGUUUGAUUUUUAUUUUUCAUCUAGAAAGUUAUUCAGGCAUUAAAAGGUUAAUGUGAAGAAUAUUUUCUGAUUGUCUUCAGAAACCACAUAUAUUUGAAAAAUUCUAUUCUAAGUGUAACAUUGUUACUUGAUCUGAUCUAUAACAAGAAUUUCAAAAUAAAAUUCCAUUUACUGUUUAAUAAAUGU